CAUCGCCGAACAUAAAGAAACGCGCUCCAAGCUCCGAGCCUCGUCAGCUGGCAGAAUGCGCUCCUCCUCGGCCCUCCUCCUGGCUCGAGCCGGGGCAGCCGAGCGGGCAGCGGGCGCGGACGGGCCUCCCACCGGGCGCAGCCCACGGGCCCCCCCCGCCGGGAGCCGGCGACGGGCGGCCGCGGGGCGGGUCCGGCGCAGGGAUGAUGAUGGCCCCGCCGAGCGGCUUCGGGCUGCCACCCAGCGGAGCCGGCCCGCAGAUGCCGCUGUUCGCGGCCCCGCCCGACCUGGUGGCAGCGCCGCCGGGCACCGCGCCGCUGUGGCCGCCGGCGUCCACGGCGGGCUUCGCGGACGUGGCCUCCCAGGUGCUGGCGGAGCAGGCCGCGGCCGUCCUGUCCUCGGGGUCGCCCGUCCAGCAGGAGGUGUUCCGGGACGUGCCCCGGGACGUCUACGAGCACCACGUGAUCGUCCGGCAGGUGCCCCAGAUCGAGAUCGUGGAGAAGCAGGUGGAGCGCCCCCAGUUCCGCGUCCACGAGAGCCUCGAGGAGGUCGUGGCAACCCUCGUGCACGAGAAGGUUGUCGAGGUGCCCACCAUCCAGCAGGUCGAGGCCGUGAGGCAGACGCUCCAGCUGGAGUACCAGGAGGCCCCGAGGAGCCAAAAGAGGCGCACGUACGGCUGGCACCACGGUUUGCGUUAAGGGGGGAUGAGCUUCCGGGGGGG